AUGGCGGCGCUGAUGUGUGGGUUUUCCAGUCACAGCAGUCAAGUGCGCGGCGGCUGCCGGCUGCCUCACGCGCUGCUCGUGAGGCGACCGGCCCACGUCACCCAGCCUGAGCGCGGGGAGACGUGUUACUACAUGUUUUUGCCAGAAAUGAGGGAAUCGUACUCAUGUCUCUUUGUGGACGUGUACAGCGCAAUUCAGUCCUAUAAAAGGAAUUCGCAACUUUACGCUCAGAGGAGAGUGUUUACUAUCAACAUGGUUGAAAUCAAGGCUCAGCCAUCUGCCAAAGUAAAGAAUGGAGCUCCAUUGUCAAUCAUCUGCCAUGCUGAUAUUAGCAAAAAAAAUGAUUUCCAGCUGAGGCAUAAUUUUACAAUUUUUAAGAAUGGCAAGCUUGUGCUCACGAUCUCAUCAGAUAAGAGAGAGGCGCGAUAUGGAAUACCCAUGGCUAGAUCUUCAGAUACGGGGGACUAUGAGUGUACUGUGGAAGCAGCUGGGAAGAUGAAAUCUAGCAACUCUUUACACGUCUGGGUAACAGGGAUGACCAAGCCAAUACUGACUGCUGAGAAAGAAGAUGUUUUAGAGGGUGAAGUUGUGAAAUUACGUUGUGAACUGCCAGAAGAAGAACCUCCUUUAAAUUUUGUUUUCCGGAAGAUAAAGAUGAAUUCAACACCUAAAGAAAAACAUGUAACUGAACUAUAUAGAAAUUUUUCCACUACAGAAUUUUCCGUUGAAGAUGGAGAUAAUAUUUUAUAUUUUGAUUGCUUUGGUAGGAGAUAUGUAAAUCUUGAACUUGAAACCUCAGAACCCAGUAACAGAACACUCGUUACAGUCAAGGAGCCAUUUAUAAAACCUACUCUGAAUGCCAAGCCCUCAAGCAAUAUUACAGAAGGAGACAGAAUGCAGAUUGAGUGCUCAACAGUGGUAGCCCGAAUACGUGGCAUUGAAAUCAUACUCCAGAAAAACAAAACAAUACUGAACAGUGUAGAAGAUGAGAGGCUUUUGAGAUAUUCUACAGUAGCUACUGUAGAGGAUAGUGGUGAAUAUCUGUGUAAGGUGGAGCAAGGGAGAGCAUCUAAAACCACCAAGCUCAAUGUUGUUGUGGCAGAGUUAUUUCCCAAGCCAGUACUGACUGCUUCAGCAUUUAGGGUGGAUGAACAUAAGGAACUAACGUUGAGUUGCAGCAUUAGCGGUUUUCGGAAAGCUAACUUCUCUAUAUUAAGGAGAAAUUCAAAUGGAGACCUCCAAUGGUUGAAAAAUUCUAGAAACUUAACGAUGAGAGUUUAUGUGAAUAACAGUGGAUCUUAUAUCUGUAGAGCUGAAGUAAAAGGAAUCGUCAAGGAGAGCAAGCCUGUAAGGAUAAAUGUUUAUGCUCCAGUCUCUAAGCCAACUCUUUCAGUUGUCAGUGGUUUACCAGAGGUAGUGUUAGGGAAGCCUCUGUGGUUAAUCUGUCGUUCUGUGAUGGGAACUCCUCCAAUAACAUUCACAUUCUACAAAGAAAAUAAAGUUCAGAAAAUAGUAGUUAAUGACACGUAUGCAACAUUCUUGGAUGAAAACAUUGGAAGAAAUGACAAAGGAGGAUACAAAUGUGACGCUAAAAAUCACCACUCCAGUGGUACGAAAGCUAGCAAUAUUCUAAACAUCACAGUGAUAGUACCAACAAGGAAUGCCAGCUUGGGCAGCAAUCCCUAUGGGGAAGUGGAAGAUGGCAGUGGCACUGUUUUCCUCUGUUCUGUGAAAGAAGGAUCAUGGCCAAUCCACUUCAAGAUUUUUAAAAAAACUGAUCGGGAAGACCUUGUAUAUGAAACAAGUGAGAACGCAGACAGAAUCUUGUGGCACAAGGAAGUAAUGAAAAGAGAGGAUACAGGAACAUAUUACUGCAUUGCUUCUAAUCGAGCUAAUGUGGAUGUGAAGAGCCAACCAAUAACCAUCAGUGUCAUCUUAGCGGCUUGGCAGAAAGGAAUCAUUGCUGCAUUUGUCCUAAUACCUAUUGCAGGAGCAAUAGCUCUCACUUUAUGGUGGUUCUUGGUUAAGAAGAAAACGGCUAAAAGACCGUCCAUGGAGAUGUCCAGAUCUGCCUUUGGUACAAACCUGACAAGUGAAAAACUGACAAGAGAGAACAAUGAUGGAGACUAUUAUUCUGGAUCAAGCUACAUUGAAGAUGGUGAAAAUCACAUGAAGUCAACAGAUGAAAAUAAAGGACCUGACCUUGAGAGUGCUGAGGUGGAGUACACUGAAGUUGAAGUAUCAACGCUUGAUCCUCACAGAGCUCCUGUACAGAAGGCGACUGAAACAGUUUAUAGUGAAAUCAGAAAAGCUAAUAAUGGUUCUGUGGAAAACAGACAUUCUAGAAUACAAGGGCCUCCUGAUGCUACUUAGACAGCCAUCUCAAACACUGACUGGCAGAAGAACAAAUCAAGAUGGAAGAUGUUGCAGCUGUUUAAAAAGCUCUGUUUAUGAGUAUGCCAGGCUCUUCUUUUCAAAGUUUAUUUCCUCAGGGGGGUCAAUGGAAAUGUUCCUAAUGCAUUUAAUGGAAAAAAAAUAAAAAAUAAAUAAAAAAUUCUCUUAGGAAAGUGGCUCUGGAAACCACUGACCUAGCUUCCCAUCUUUAAUUUCUCCUGCUAAUGCAAUUUUGUCUUUUUAGCCUCCAGUUGAUCAUGCUCUGAGGAAAUAGAAGGGGAAUCUACAGCUAAAGAAAUACAUAUCUACAGUGCAGUAACUACUGUGAUGCUAGAUAUUGAGGCUUGCUUUAAACUAGUUAAUUUGGUUAUUAAUAGCACACUGCUGUGGCGGAAGAGAGCUCAGCCCAGCCUGGCCAGCCAUGUGCUUUGACUCGAUUUUGCAGCUUGUGCUGAGCUCCCUGUGCUGCAGCAGCUGGACUGCUACAAGUUUUGGAGCCAGCUAAUUUAUAGCUAGCUUGGAUGUUACACUGCAGCAAUGGGUCUAAUGGAAGAGCAAGCUCUGGGAUCUCUAAAAACUUGAACAACUGUUCAAAGAUUCAGUACUUUACCAAAUGCUUCUAUCAGUAGAGGUACAAAUAUCCUUGUUCUUUGCUGAAUUGUUUUCCCCCUCUAAAAAUUCUAGUGCUUUUUCGUUUUCUUUUU